CCCGAUCGGUUGAUAGAAAUGCUAAUACGCAGUCUCUCUCUCUCUUUCUCUGUCUUCUCUCGUGACUUUUUCCUUCGCCCUAUCCUUUUUAUUCCAUUAUUUCUUUUGCCUUUUCUUAAAUUAAAAAAAAAAAAAAAAUUUGUGAUCUUUUUGGAUCUCUAUUUGGGUCUUACCAAAACAAGCAAAGGAUGAGGUUUUCUGUUGCCAACCUUUGGAUUUAUAGUAACUAUUAUUACACAUAUACAAAGUGGGGUUUCAAAGAGAGAUGAGCAGAUAUAUGAAUAAGGAAAGGCCGGUGUGUGUAUGUGUUUCGCCUAGUUGCUAGGAAGAAACUUAGAAAAGACUGGUAAACACAAUCAACGGCAAAACACCUACCACUUCUGGGUCUUCUCACUAUAAUCUGAUCAGUUGAAGAAGAUCUGUUGGUUUCUAACUCCUCUAAUCUGUCUGCUUGGUUGUUUUACAAACCUAAGGGCUGUAGAAAUGGUGAGAGGAAAGACUCAGAUGAGGCGCAUAGAGAAUGCCACAAGCAGACAAGUGACCUUCUCCAAGCGGAGAAAUGGGCUGCUAAAGAAAGCGUUUGAGCUAUCAGUUCUUUGUGAUGCUGAGGUUGGACUCAUAAUUUUCUCUCCCAGGAGCAAGCUCUAUGAAUUUGCAAGUUCCAGCAUGCAGGAGACAAUAGAUCGCUACCGGAGGCACACAAAAGACAAUCAAACCAUCAACAAAUCGGUUGAACAAAACAUGCAGCACCUGAGGCAUGAAGCAGCAAACAUGAUGAAGAAGAUUGAGCUUCUUGAAGUUUCAAAACGAAAACUCCUUGGAGAAAGUUUGGGAGCAUGCUCCCUUGACGAACUACAACAGAUAGAACAACAGUUGGAGAGCAGCGUAAUCAAAAUUAGAGCAAGAAAGACUCAAGUUUUCAAGGAACAGAUCGACAAACUAAAAGAGAAGGAGAAAGCCCUAGUAGCUGAAAACGCAAGGCUAUGUGAGAAGUGUGGUAUUCAAUUACAGCAAGGAGCAAACGAGCACAGAGAAAUUUCACCUUAUGAAGAAAGUAAUCCAAGCUCAGAUGUGGAGACUGAAUUGUUCAUCGGACCUCCGGAAAGGAGAGCAAAGCGUUUAACCCUACCAACUUGAUGCAGGUCGAUCUUUGCAAAUAUAAUCACUCUUUCCAAUAAUCUGAAUCAAAUCGUUGCACGACUAAAAUAUUAUUGCAGUACUUCCUCUGCAGGCAAAUUGUAAGAACUUGGUACUUGUUUGCUGAAAGUAAAAGCUGUGAUUUUUG